GCCUUUGGAUCAUCUUUCCAAUAUGGUUAUAACCUCUCCGUGAUCGACUCCCCGGCGAAGUUCAUGAAAAAGUUUUACAGGGAGCUCUACCAAGAGCGGAACACGAUCAACAUCGACCAGAGCUUGCUCAUGUUUCAGUGGGGCCUCACCGUGUUGUUCUUCCCACUCGGGGGCAUUCUGGGGUCUCUCUUGGUUGGCCCGCUGGUGGACGGUUCUGGCAGGAAAGGAACCUUGCUGGCAAGCAGCGUCAUGGUCAUCGUCUCUGCAGUGCUCAUGGGCUGUUCCAAAGCUAUUCAUUCCCACGAGUUCAUCAUCCUCGGCCGCCUGAUCGUUGGAACUUGCGCGGGCAUCUCCUUCAGCGUCGUGCCCAUGUACCUCACCGAGAUGGCCCCCAGGAACCUGCGAGGCACCGUUGGCAGCGUGCCCUACAUCUUCACCGUCUGCGGCAGCCUGGUGGCCCACCUUCUCAGCCUCCCCAAACUCCUUGGCACCGAAGAAGGCUGGCCCGUCCUUCUGAGCCUCACCGGCGUCCCAGCGUUGUUUGAGGUGGCCACUCUGCCUUUCUUCCCGGAGAGUCCCCGGUUUCUGCUGAUCCAGAGGCAGGACAUGCAGCGAGCGAGGCAAGUCCUGAAGCAGCUCCGGGGCUGGGAUGACGUGGAGGACGAAUUGGAAGAACUCCGCCAGGAGGACCUUGCCGAGAGCACGGAGAAAAAGAUGGACGUGCUGAAGAUGUUGCGCUGCGAGGAGCUGCGGUGGCACCUUGUCACGAUCGUCGUCCUGAUGGCCGGCCAGCAGCUCUCCGGCAUCAACGCGGCCCAGUAUUACACUGAGAGGAUCUACCUGUCUACGGGGGUAGGAGACAACGAGGUCUGGUACCUCCGGCUCUUCCUGCUCGUGCUCCUCAUGUCGGUAGCUCUGUUGGUGACCCGGGUUAUAGAUUCCUCAGGUCGGAGGAUGCUGCUGCUUGUCGGCAACGGAGUCUGCGGUUCCGCCUGCAUCCUCACAGCCAUGUCUGUUGAACUCCAGAACAACAUCAGAUGGAUGUCUUACUUCAGCUCGUCUUUUGACACCCUCCUCCUCGUCGGGCACUCCAUUGGGCCAGGUAAGAGCUCCGAGGAUGCCCAGGGAAGCACAGCCGGGGUGUAGUGGAACCGGGGCCCACAAGGACGCACUACCAGCACCUUUUCGUUCGCAGGAUGCUGUUGUCAUUUCCUACUUCCCACUCAAAAAACCCUCCCUGUUCCCCCGGAGCAUAGCUGCCACGCUCACUGAAUUUCUCCCGCAAGUGUCCGUUGUCGCCUGUUGUAAUGCAACAUGUUUGGACGUGGCCU